GCCUCCACUUCCUGAUGCCCAAGCUCUCUCCAACCCCACCUCAAACGCGUUACAUCUCGGUGUCUAUUAUCGCGCCCUUGUCACUCUCCCAACAAUGGCAACGAGCCAACUACAGCAUCUUCUCAAUAAUGAUCGAACGAUUGGCAGUGCCGAUGAUUUGGCUGCGGAGAUAGUUGGGAGUUCAUUUCCCAGCUCUCCAGUCAGUGGCCUAUCGGCUUAG